UUACGUUUUAUGAUUCUUCACACAGCCAUGCUUGUUUGGUCGGUUGUUUCUGAACCUCUCAAGUGAUGGCAUCCAUGGCAUCAGAUUGCUGAGAGGUACCCCGGGUACAUCCAGUGUAGAGAUGCAGCUGGGGGUAUCCAGUACUUCGUAACAGAGAGAUGUAAACAUGCAUCAUUUUCCUCUGACAAUCCCUUUCCGUGCUUGGAAGAAGCAGAGCUGUUGUCAGUGAAAUCUGGAGUUUUGGGAGACCUGUUUUAGGGGUUGGCCAAAAAUAAAUUCUGGGAUGAGGAUCUUUGCUUUUUUCUCCCAGUCGUGCAGGAUGGAUGGGAAGCUGUGAAGCCUUUAGUCAUAACCCUCUGGUCCUGUGUUUUCCUUUUAAUAAAGCAUCCAGUGGGAGAAUGUGACAUAAUUGGUUUCUUGGAUUAAGAGAUCUUGAAAUGGCUGGUGCUACAGAGAGAAGAUGAACCUCUCCAUCAGGGUUGUGGUUUACGUACAGUGAUAUGGUGACAAAAUCAUGCUGUUAUUGCAUGGCAAUCUCGUAUUUCUCUUGCAAGAAAAUGCUCUCUACGUGGUUAUGAAAACAGGCACUUUUGAGUCUUGUCAGUGGCACGGGAUCUUAAAUCUCUCCUUUCCUUGCAUUGCAUAAUCUGAACGUUAUUCUCCCACAGCAGCAGAAAUGAUGGAAGAAUUGCAUAGCCUGGACCCACGAAGGCAGGAACUACUGGAGGCCAGGUUUACUGGAGUUGGUGUUGCUAAGGGUCCAUUAAAUAGCGAGUCUUCCAACCAGAGCUUAUGCAGCGUGGGUUCUCUCAGUGAUAAAGAACUGGAGACUCCUGAGAAAAAACAGAAUGACCAGCGGAAUAGAAAAAGGAAAGCAGAAGCGUAUGAGACCAGUCAAGGAAAAGGCACUCCUAGAGGACAUAAAAUUAGUGACUAUUUUGAGUUUGCUGGGGGAAGCGGCCCAGGAACCAGUCCUGGUAGAAGUGUGCCACCAGUUGCCAGAUCAUCACCGCAGCAUUCCUUAUCCAACCCCUUACCACGGCGAGUGGAGCAGCCGCUGUAUGGGGUAGACGGCAGCACAGCAAAGGAACCGCAGGAGGAUCACUCUGCUCUGCCAACGCUGAUGUCGGUGAUGCUGGCGAAACAGCGGCUAGAGAAUGAGCAGCUGGCACAGAGGGGAGGUGGCCUCUGCUUUACUUUUGUCUCGGCCCAGCAAGGCAGCCCAUCUUCUACGGGAUCAGGGAACACUGAGCAUUCCUGCACUUCCCAAAAACAGAUUUCCAUCCAGCACAAACAGUCACAGUCGGACCUCACAAUGGAAAAAAUAUCUGCACUAGAAAACAGUAAGAACUCUGACUUGGAGAAGAAGGAAGGGAGGAUAGAUGACUUGCUAAGAGCCAACUGCGAUUUGAGACGGCAGAUAGAUGAACAACAAAAGAUGCUGGAGAAGUACAAGGAGAGGUUGAAUAGAUGUGUAACGAUGAGCAAGAAGCUCCUUAUAGAAAAGUCAAAACAGGAGAAGAUGGCGUGCAGAGAUAAGAGCAUGCAGGAUCGAUUGAGGCUGGGCCACUUCACCACGGUGCGGCACGGGGCGUCCUUCACUGAGCAGUGGACAGAUGGCUAUGCCUUCCAGAACCUCAUCAAGCAACAGGAAAGGAUAAAUUCCCAGCGAGAAGAAAUAGAAAGGCAACGAAAAAUGUUAGCAAAACGGAAGCCACCUGCCAUGGGCCAAACCCCCCCAGCAAGCAAUGAGCAGAAGCAGCGCAAGAACAAAACCAACGGAGCAGAAAAUGAAACGUUAACGCUAGCAGAGUACCAUGAACAGGAAGAAAUCUUCAAACUCCGACUGGGUCAUCUGAAAAAGGAAGAAGCAGAGAUCCAGGCAGAGCUGGAACGGCUAGAGAGGGUUAGAAAUCUACAUAUCAGGGAAUUGAAAAGGAUACACAAUGAAGAUAACUCACAAUUUAAAGACCAUCCAACGCUAAACGAUAGGUAUUUGUUGCUACAUCUUCUGGGUCGAGGAGGCUUCAGUGAAGUAUAUAAGGCAUUUGAUUUAACAGAACAGAGAUACGUAGCUGUGAAAAUACACCAGUUAAAUAAAAACUGGAGAGAUGAGAAGAAAGAAAACUAUCACAAACAUGCGUGUAGGGAGUACAGAAUUCACAAAGAACUGGAUCAUCCUCGAAUAGUUAAGCUAUACGACUACUUUUCACUGGACACUGACUCGUUUUGUACAGUGUUAGAAUACUGUGAGGGAAACGAUCUGGACUUCUACCUGAAGCAGCACAAGUUAAUGUCGGAGAAGGAGGCGCGAUCCAUUAUCAUGCAGAUUGUGAAUGCUUUAAAAUACCUAAAUGAAAUCAAACCUCCCAUCAUACACUAUGACCUUAAACCAGGUAACAUUCUUCUAGUCAAUGGUACUGCAUGCGGAGAGAUAAAAAUCACAGAUUUUGGGCUUUCCAAAAUCAUGGAUGAUGACAGCUACAACUCUGUUGAUGGCAUGGAGCUGACGUCGCAGGGGGCUGGUACUUACUGGUAUUUGCCACCAGAAUGUUUCGUGGUUGGGAAAGAACCUCCAAAGAUUUCAAAUAAAGUUGAUGUCUGGUCAGUAGGGGUCAUCUUCUAUCAAUGUCUCUAUGGCAGAAAGCCCUUUGGCCACAACCAGUCACAACAAGAUAUUCUCCAGGAGAACACGAUUCUGAAAGCUACCGAGGUGCAGUUCCCUCCAAAGCCAGUAGUCACACCAGAAGCAAAGGCAUUUAUCAGGCGUUGUUUGGCCUACCGAAAGGAGGAUCGGAUAGAUGUCCAGCAGCUGGCCUGUGACCCAUACUUGCUGCCUCACAUCCGCAAAUCUGUAUCCACAAGCAGCCCAGCUGGAGCUGCGAUUGCAUCAACCUCUGGAUCGUCCAAUAACAGCUCUUCAAACUGACACAGAGUAAUAGGCCAAAAACUGCUUGAGAAACCGGCAAAAAGACUUUCAGAAACGGCUUUGGAGUAGAGGAAUCCGCAAGGGUCUUGAGAAACCUGUACCAGGUGCUUUUUUUCUCUUGCUUUUUUCCAUCCAUAGAGCAUGACAACAUCUAAUCUCAUCAAGGAAACCUUCGGCAUCUAGGCCAAGCCAUGUGGAUAGGAGGUGGCUUGAGGUUUGUCCAGCAAAUGACCACAAAGUGUGGCUGCUCUGAACAAGGAGGGGAAACUCAAGAAAAUAUAACAAAACAAAACAAAAGACGUGGUUCCACGUACUGUGAACUUCUGAACAUGCAGCCUUGGGGAAUCCAGGACGCCGUGUGUGCUUCAUAUGAAGAAUGUGGACAUUGGAAAAAAAGACUGGUCGAGUCCAGUGUUGAUAUUUAAACAUUGUUCUUUUUCUUUUAAUAAAGUUUAGGUAACAUCUCCUGAAAAGCUCGAAGCACCAAGGUUCAGCUGGGGAUGGUAUAUGACUCUUUGCCCUUUGGAGGGGAAAAAAGUUGAUCCUGCCUGUUCAUGGCACUAGCGUUAGUGUUUUACCCCUAAUUAAUUUCAGUUUUUUAAAAAUAACAAUUUUUUGGAAGAAAACAGUUUUCUGGUCUCAAAGUGAAACCCGUAUUAACAAGCUGAUGGCAUUCUGCAGCUUUCUGCUCCCUUGGGGUGGCCUCUGACAAAUCAUUCACCUUCUCAGGAAGGCGGUGAAGCUCACAGGCAGGCCUGCAUGGAUCUCCUGUGCUCAGAGUGGAUUACAGUCCAGACUGCCACCAGGUUUUCAGCUGCUGCUUCAUCGCUCUCUCAACGGUUGCACCUUUUUAAUUUAUUUGAAGUGCUGUUCUUUCUGAAAACACCCCCUGACGUGCUCAUAAUCUGCUCUCUGCUCUUGUGAGCAUGAUAUCUGGUGACUGCUGAGGAGGCAGGCAGCGAACAGGAAAGAAUUGGAGCUCAGCUCAGUCGAUCACAGGUGUAAUCUGUGCUCGCGCAGUGCUGUGCUUAUCUCACUCAUGUUACAGAAAUCCAAAGCUGAAGAAAGAAGGCUUGUCUUGUUCUUCUCACUUAGGUGACUUGGCAGGAAAGCUUCCUCUCUCCCUUAGCAUUUUCCUUUUAAAACUUGCUGACUUUUCUAACUUGCUGCCAUCGCAGCACCAGAUCGCGAGUGGAAGGGAAGGAGACGAUGUUCUAGAAGGGAACAAAUCUCCUCGUUAUUUCUGUCGCCCUUCUGUAAGCUGCCUGGAGGGGGCUUGCACCUCCAGCUGGAAUCUGCCUGCUGGCAAACAUCAGCCUGUUGUCCCCACCGUGCCCCUUUCCCCCCUGCAUUGAAGGAGGACUGAAAACACCGAAAAGUGCAGCGCUUGAACAUGUGGCAGCCAGCUUGGAGCGUUCCUAACAUGUGGCAGCAGCCCCUGGCCAGGCAAAUUUAAAGAUGCAGUAUUCAAGAACAAAGUUUUUCAAGGGAGAGAGGCGGUGCCACUGCUGCCUUCCAGGGCCUUGUUUAAAGAACAGGUGAUCCUAUGCACGGGGCUGUUGCAUGGCACCUCCAGGUUGCUCCUGCAGCUCCAGCAGCGUGUGGGCAUGAAGUGCCUGCGUGGUGCCUUGUGGCAAGCAGUGCUGUCAGCUUUGCACUUUCUGAGGGAACUUGCACUUGCCUGCCUUACUGGAAGCCAUCCUCUGCUAACAUGUGUUAUUUGUUCUGAAAAAAAAUGAGUAAUUAAGCAAAUUGAUCUGGGAAGCACGGAACCAUGCUUUGAUUUUUAUUGCAGCUGUUUGAAGGUGGUCUCCCAACUGUUGUAUUUGAAACAAAAGAAAUAUUGCAUCUUUAAAUACUCGGCCAUCAUUCUGUGGUCCUUUUAUCCUCGCUGGUCUGUUCCAGAAAUAACUGUUCAGCCAGCAGUGAUUCCACGUAUCUGUAGGGCAAAAUCAAGGUUGUUGCUUCAUCCUGUUUGCUGCCAUGGCUGAUCUGGUGCCUGUCCCCAUAGGGGAGAAUUCUAAAAGGGUUUUUUAUAUCCCAGCCCUGUUGUUCCUUGGCCAUACAGUGUGUGCUAUCUCUGUGGGUGUGAGUAGUUUUGUGUCCGAUGCAUUUAUUCCUGCUGUGUGACACCCAUUCAGGGCCUGGGGACAGCAUUAGCCUUUUCUGGGGCUGAAAGCAGUAAAGAACCCUGGUAGAAUUCCAGCUGCAGCACCUUGUUAGCACGGGUUUCACUUCCAAUAACAGACCCUAUUGCCACACUGUUCAUUUACUUAAAGAGAAGUGUAUGAAGAAUUUGUAACUUAAACCAGGCCAGACUGUUUUGGCUCUACCCAACAGAUGAGACAUGGAUAUUAAAAUAAGUUUUAAGAAACUGA